AUGUUACCGUACCCACCAUAUGACCCACCUAAGGGCCCCGCCAUUGCUUGCUUCAGUGGUGUGGUGCUCGAUGGUCAACUCCUACCAGGCAGCGGCUAUAUUCCGUGUAAUGAUGUUUGCGCGAGCACGACCUAUACAACCGUGAUUGGAGGGCAAAAGCACAACGCCACGUUGUACGGUUGUAACCCGGGAAGCCUCUGCCAGUACUUGAAAAUCAUUGAUGGGUGUGGUACUUUACCUACUGACGAAUCGGGUACGAUAAAUGGUUGCUGUUGUUCAUGGAACGACUGUUUGGACACAAGGAAUGGGCAAGUCAAACCAAAUCCAAUGACACUGGAAUGUUUCGUCGGCUAUGGCAUUGUCGGCAAUAACACCAAUAUACUGAAGGGGAGCUCGGUUCCGUGUGAAGGGAAAUGUGCUUCAUUGAAGACAAAUUAUAAUGACUAUUACACUUGGGCCUUUAUGUGCGCCUCUUCCAAAGUAUGCACCAAGAUCCCAGAGCGAUGCACUGCUCUCAUCAAGACACCGGAAACCGUUUCCGGUUGCUGUUGUGAUACGGAAAAAGAUUGUAACUUGGUUAACGAGUUCCAUGAAAUCCCGCCUCCAACUGCCAGCCCGUCUCAAAGAACACCUAUUGCGUGCUUUACCGGAUUAAGUCUUAUGGGCAGAUUGUUGUCGCCAGCCGAUAGUUAUGUGACCUGUCGUGGGCAAUGUGUUUCGAUGUCCUAUUCGACGAAAAUCGGGAAUUCUACGAUCGAUGCUCUCGGUUUCACUUGCGCCACGGCUGAGCUAUGUGAUGAAAUGGGGGCAUCAAAUAGUUGCGUACAGCCAAAAACACAAUCGACCGCUCAGCCCCAGCCGACCACCACGAAAUCCGCAUCUCCGACCACUUUACUGUACAUUACCGUCCUGUUGUCAUUCUGGAAAUACAUCUCUACCUAC